UUUAUAUUAACUGUAAUCAAACUUGAAAUUGAAUACAAAAUAUGGGCGAUGAACAGCGUGGAAUUGGACUGAGUAUUCAGAAGGUAGUAAUCAUUACUGUUCCGAAGAUAAUUAUUGCUGGGUUCUUCAGUGACGAAUAUGAUGCUGCAAAGUGGGACUCAUUUCUGGGAUUCACUGCUAAUCGUAUUAGUCAUCAUGGCUGUUCUUUUUUCUCCGUGUACGCAAUUUUAUCAUUCGAUAUAGCCAAGAAUCCACGUGUUAUUGAUUUAUAUAAUUUGCCAGCUGUGCUCACCGACAGCACAACAAACUAUCAAACUUUUAUUAAUUUUCUGUAUGAUUAUUUAUAACAUUGAUUGCUUAUCUUCAAAUAUUCGUUUGCACUGUAACAACUAAUUUUACUAUAGGCCCCCCCGUCCUGACUCGAGAACACCACAGGUCUUGAGCAUUGUUGUUGCGCAUAUUGUUGACUAUUGUUAAUUGCGUGUAUUUGGAGUUUUAGGAUUACUGUAUUUAGCUUAAGAUCCUUUUUCUCCACUCUUCCCUCCCUUUCAGUUCGAAAGGGAAAUUUGAAUGAAAAUGUUAUAAUUCAGUUAUUAGAUUAGGUUAGGUUAUGGGAUUGUAUUUUAGUUAUGAAAAACGAUCUUGUAGUGCUGUGAUGGAUUCGUCUAGGUGUAGAUUAGGUCAGGUCAGGUUAGGUCGGAAGUCUAUUGCUUUGAUCAAAUGCCCCUUUCGAGCAAACGUCUUUCGAUCAAAAGUUUUCGAAAAAGUGCUUUCGAUAAACUGUCCGUAAACCAAUUAAAAGACCACGGAGGUCACUUACAUUGUUGUAAUAUUUAGACAAUUUUCUCCCAUAGGUACAUAUAAGAACGCCGCAAGGUAAACAGAGUUGAAAUAACAACUAAGUCAACAGACUCGAAAGUCCCAGUGACGUGAGUUGAAACCAUUUUAAGAUUAUCAGCUAAGUUUGCAUAUUGGAUAUCAUUACGCAACAACAAUUUUGAACCACUUUCCCUGGUAACGAAUUGACAAAUGCGCGUGAUAAGAAGCUAUAAAAACAAAACGACUCUUGACGUACGUGGUACGUCUUUUCGGCACACGUGGUUAAAGAUCUCGUAAUUACCAGCACAUACGUAUAAUCGAUGACUGAUUGCGUAACGAUUAAUCAAGUAUCAAUCCAAUCCAGGUCUUGACGAAAGUGUCGGAAGAGUCUGUAUAAAAUUUGAAUCGAUCCUGUGAGAAAAUUCAGAAAAAGUCGGCCGUAAGUCUGUCUCAAGUCUGGCUGAAGUCGCUCCGCUGGGACUACUAUCCCAUACUAAUUAUAAGGCAAAAUAAUCUGUGAAAGUCUCACCCAGACUUGUUCCAGACUAGAUCACCUCCAGACAGCUGGAGACUUCGGAGACACCUGUACUCAGCAACUCCUGUGGGACCUAUUCUAAACAUGUUCCAUACCACUGCCAGACAAGUAAGUCUUACUUGGCCUCACGCCGAAAACUAAAAACACUUCGUGCUUUGAUUUCGAUAUUUUAACUAUGAUUUAUUAAAAUUAUCCAUAACUAAUCUUACCAAUUGCAAGAACAAUUGAUAUUGCGCUGGUUAUUUUUUCAACGACUAUUCUGUAACCAUUCGUGCCAUUUCUUGCUGUUCAUUUAUAUUUGCACUUAUUUGGUUAUGUGGUAUUGAACAAUGAAAAAACAUCGCGAACCUUAACUAGUCGUAUAAAUUUAUUCUAAGAAAUGAAAUCAAAAUAUAUUCAUGUACAAACACACACGCGCUUAGUCACAAAACUGUUAUGCAGAGCUACUUGUGGGCUCACUAAGGAUUUCCUCUAAUCGAUUUUUUUAAACGAGUCUUUGUGGAUCGACUUUAUUUACCUCUGUUAACAUGUGUAUCGUCACCUGUAUUACGAAACUAAAGAUUUUUCACGUGAAUACGUUAUAUCGUGAUACCUCAUACAACGCAAGAUAUAUAAGGGGACUGAAAUCCCGCGAAAUCAGUAACGUUCCGAAAAUGAUGAGUUUGACAUCAAGUCGGUUGACAGUGCCGAUUUUCGCUAUCAUAGUCGGAGUCAUCGUCCAGGCGGACACUGAGCUCGCAUGGUGGCGAACAACAACUCUGUACGAGAUCUGGCCACGAUCAUUUAAGGACAGCAAUGGAGACGGAAUUGGCGAUUUGAAUGGCAUCAAAAGCAAAUUGGACUACCUAAGCGAGCUGGGCAUAGGGGCGAUAUGGAUUGCUCCCUGUUUCUCCAGUCCACAAAUUGACACUGGCUAUGAUGUCUCCAACUACACAGACAUAGAUCCAUUGUAUGGGACUCUGGAGGAUAUGGAUACGUUAAUCGCUCGCGCUGCGGAACUUGGAAUCAAAGUGAUCUUAGACUACGUUCCCAACCAUACGAGUACGGAACACGAGUGGUUUAAGUUAUCCGAAGCCAGUGUCGCCCCCUAUACCGAUUAUUACGUGUGGCACGAGGGAAUUCUGGAUGCAAACGGUACCAGAAGACCACCGAACAAUUGGCUGGGCCGCUUCAACAGCGGAAGUGCUUGGGAAUGGAGCGACAAGCGACAAGCUUAUUAUUUUCAUCAAUUUAACAAGGAACAGCCAGACUUGGACUUCAGGAACGAGGCGGUCGUCCAGGAAUCAUUGGAUAUACUUACGUUUUGGAUGGAUCGCGGUGUCGCCGGUUUCCGUAUCGAUGCGUUGCCAUAUUUAUUUGAGGAUCCUCAAUUCAGAGAUGAACCCCUAUCGGGACUAGACAAAUAUGCUCCGCAUGAAUAUUUCUAUCUAGAUCAUAUCUAUACCAAAGAUUUUAUGGAGAUUUACGACCUGGUCGCAAGAUGGAGAAAACACUUUGAUGAAUAUACUGCUGAACACCCUGGACCUGAACGGGUCAUGUUCACCGAGUCAUAUGCCAACAUAUCCAUGAUCAGCUUAUUCUACGACUACGGUGCUCAUUUACCAUUCAAUUUCUUCCUGAUCGGAAAUAGGACUACGUCCUAUUCGCUCGAAACCCAAACAGCCACAGGUCUUAAGAAUAUUAUUGAUGAGUGGAUGGAGUAUACGCCUGCGGGUCAGACUCCCAACUGGGUGAUUGGCAAUCAUGACAGGAGUCGCGUGGCCUCGCGUUUCGGUAGCGAAAAGGUAGACACCUUUAACAUCCUGCUGCUUUUGUUGCCUGGAGUUCCGACCAUUUACAAUGGCGAAGAGAUUGGCAUGGUUAAUACAUUCUUAACUUGGGAAGAAUCGGAAGACCCUCAGGCCUGCAACACUGACCCGACUCGUUAUACGGCAACUACUAGGGAUCCUCAGCGUACGCCUUUCCAAUGGGAUAAUACUACGUCGGCAGGAUUCUCCACAAACACCUCGGUGUACUUGAAAGUGAACGAGAAUUAUCGUACACUGAAUUUAGCGGCGCAAAAGGAGGCUGAUAAGAGUCACUAUAAGAACUUCCAGGCAGCCAUGAGGCUCAGGAACACGACGGUGGCCAAAGAUGGAGCCCUGAAGACACUCGUUAUCGGCGAGGAUGUCUUCGCCAUGUCCAGAGAAUUGGAUGGUCACGACCCCCUACUCGUUGUUAUUAACUGGUCGAAGUCUCCGGUAACAGUCAGUCUUGAUGACUUCAGUAACUUCAGUGAGAAGCUGCAAGUGCUUGUGUCGGAUGUUAAUAAUGAUCUCAAAGUUGGAGACACUAUAUCCAGGAGCAGCAUUACCCUGCAGGGUGAUGCAGCUUUGAUAUUAACAUCAUCUGACGUCACUUGCUCCGACUACUCGGACGUCUCAGAAGUUGCCUGUCUAAUACCAUCCUUGAAAUCCUUCUUCAACGUGUAAAUCAAGUUGAAAUUUCAUAUGGAAAUUUAAUAAACGUUCUUUAACAAUGUGUUCAAAAAUUGUAUUCACAGUAGCUAACAUUUAACUACCUAUUUUCACAGAUGUCAGAUUCUACCUAAAUGCAAUAACACAGUUUUAUGAUUAUACACGGUGACUUAUAAAGUAUUUAUACCUGUGCAGAAAAAA